CGAGAGUGUCUGAGCUAAACUGAGGUUUCGUGUGGUUUGUGCGGAGAUUCUCGCAGGCAGGACCUGCACGGUCAUCCGCCCUCUGAGAAAUGGUACAUAGACAGGCGAAAAAACACAGUCUGCUCCAUCAUGGCUUCAUUACUGGAACGGUUGGUUUUCCUACAAAAAGUGCCAACGCUUAUGCGAGCAACAUCAGAUGACGAAUCGCCCUGUCCUGGCUAUCUCUUCGAGGAAAUCAGCAAAAUUUCCCAUGAGUCAGUGGGCUGCUGCCAGUGUCUUCUGGAGUACCUUUUGGAGAGACUACAAGUGGAGUCGUGCCACAUUAAAUUUAAGGUUCUGAAGAUUCUCCUGCAUGUAUGUGGCCAUGGACCACCUCACUUCCUCACUGAGCUACGGCGAAAUGCUACAUUCAUACAAGAAGUAAUUGUUUACAGUGGGCCACCAGACCCUAUACAUGGAAAUGCACUCUAUCAGAAAGUCCGAAGCUCGGCUCAGGAGUUGGCUAGUCUGCUCUUUAAUGAUUCAAUGUCUCCAGAUUCUGUAUCGUCUCCACACAAAUCAGUGACUCACUCUGUGGGAAUGGGCUCAGAGUCCCUUAGGUCUGGGAUGCAGGGUUUCGGAUACAGCCCUGGACGGAAAGAGUCCAGUUCAGGGACUCUGUUGGACAAGAUUCAGAAAGCUGCUGAGGUGGUUGCCAGCGCAGUCCUUCCUCCGACUGAGCAUCCUGGCCUCCGUCUCCACGACAACCACUACCACGCUGUGGUGGCGCCCUCUGCUGCUGUGGAGAUAGCAGUGCCAGCAUGCGCCUACAACAUCCAAUCCCACAGCCAUAGAACAUCUCACAGAUGCCCGGGGCAGGCUGGUGGAGGCUGGGAGGAAACAGACAGCGGGCACAGCUCCUCUCACAACUCCUCCCAGGAGAUUGCAGAGGCCAGCCAGGCUUCAAUGGGAAGAAGCAGUAAGUCAGGCGGCUCGGGCAGCCACUCCGGGGCGAGUCGGGAGAGCGGUGACCUGUCAGAGCGCGUGGAAGCCAUUCAGCUGGGGGACUGUGGUCAGGAGACGGCACUGAUCAACCAGUUGACCAGCGGAUCUAAAGUCUUCCUGUCCAGAGAGGAGAACCAGCACUUCAUCAAAGAAUGCUCAACUCUCAACUGUGAGGUGGUUGUUGAACUUCUUUCUCGCAAACUACAAGACCACACACAGAUCGUCCAGAUGAGGGCGCUGUGUGCACUGGCCUGCCUGAUGUCUUCAGACUUCCUCUCUCUAGACCAUAUUUUUAAUAUCAUUCACAAACGCCUGGCACAGCUUAGCGAAGGAACUACAGGACCUGUCGCCAACAAGGCAACCAAGCUCCUAAGGCAGUUUGAGGCCUUGCUUGGCUGUGUCACAAACCCCAGAUUUGACCGUAUUGGACGUUCAUCUUCCACCAACCCGUCGUCUUCAGAUCAGCCCUCUGCAUCCGUCACCAUCCCCUUCAUUUCAGGACAAACCGGAGAACCCACAACCCCUGUCAUCCCGUCAGAGAUGACAUUUACACAAGGUAACAGCACCGCACCAGGGUCUCAUAUGAGCAGGGAACAAGAAGAGGGUGAACGCAGAAACACAGACACCUCGAAAAGCUCCGAUUCACAGAGACUAUCGCUCUUCAGUGGGAUGGAGCUCGUGAACAGAAGCAAGCCAGUCUGUUUGGUGGAGCCUGUUCCUGUUGAUGCUCAGCCCUGUGGAGAAGCCACUACAGACACAGACUGUGCACUGGAGAAAAUAAGUACAGAAUCACCCACAUCUGCUGAACAACUGUCUGCCUUCUCCUUCCUCAAUCUCUGAUCUACGGUUUCGGUUCACCUCAUUCAGCCUAUGAGUGACCUCUUCUUACACGGUAUCAUUAAUACUGAAAGAAAUAAGUUUUUCAAUGAAAUGCGAUUAGUAAAUAUGAUCAAUUAUUGAAAAUGGAUGAAAGUGACCACAUUUAAAUGCACAAUGUUAAUUUGGUUGCCAUGAUCAGCUUUAUUUCUCUCUAGUAACCAGUUAUCUGGUUUUUGAUAUGGUUUCCAGACAUUUGAAUAGAGACUUCUGACUUGAUGUCUUUGCACACUGAAGUCUGAAAUUUAUGCGUUUUUUUUCAUAUUCAUAUGCGAAAAAUUUGUAACGUACAUAAACCUUGUACACUGAGUUCGAUGCGUAUUAAGUAAUCCAUCACAAAAAAAACGUUUAAGCAGUGAUAGUUUGUUCUCCUCUCUCUUUUCCAAAGUAGAAAAAGUAAGAGUAAUAGGCUACAUGUUGUGUUCAUUUAAUACUAGCCUACAUAGAGAGUUCUCCUCCUUAUCAAAGAGCUGCGCUACGAUUUUCCCAAAAUUCUAAGUUUAUUUCAGGAAAUAAGUGGAAUUUUGAUACAUUGCGUGUGAUACUUCACACAUUUACGUAGGGAAACAAACCCUGAACAGAGACUGGCAGUACCUAUAGACAUUUAAUAGUUAGUGUUGAAGCAAUGGACCGAAAGCAUGCUUUCUAUUAUAAUGUCUAUAAGCAGUGUCAAAUGUAUGGACACACACACGGUGGCUCUGAACUGUCAAAACAGCUCUCAAAUUGCUUUUUCGGAUGCGAAAAGUUGAAAAAAAAAAAAAACCCUGUUCAAAUUUUAUACGAUAUACGAUUGACAACGUGAGGUCGAAUUUAUUUUUUAUUGUGCAAAAAUAAUGGACGAAGAUUUCAGAUUCAGUGUGCCUUUAUAAUAACCUUAAUGCUUUUAUUAAUAAUAAGUUACUAUAAGUAACAAAUUUAGUUUUAGGAAGCAUAACUUAAUUUCACAAAAUUUUGUGAAUUGGUUUUUUCUUACUUUAUAAAUAAAAAUAAAUAUAAU